AUGGACCACGGUGAUCAUUCUGGACAUGGGGACGCAGGACAUUCGAUGCCUGGAAUGGGACAUGAUGUGACUCCAUCUUGUUCGAUGAACAUGCUAUGGAAUAAUCAAAUUGAAGAUACAUGUGUAGUGUUUCGUUCAUGGCAUAUUUCAGGUCCUAUGACAAUGUUCAUUUCAUGUAUAUUAGUAGUGGUAAUUUCAUUUGGAUAUUCAACUUUAUUACAUUCGAUAAAAUCAUUAGAUCGUAAAAUCGCUUUAUCACUAUAUCAAACGUCAGUACCUAAUAGAAGGGUAGAUUCGCACUCAAAUUUAAAUUCAAGUUCAAAUGUGAAUUCGCGAAGAGAAAGUUCGAUCGUACCGCCCGUUGGGAAUGGUUAUAGCGUUGUCGAAAGUGGAGCUUUGACUAAAGUUGGAAUGACGAAACUAUCACUUCAAACGCGUAUGAUAAGAGCAUCACUUUAUGCUUUAUCAGUUGGUAUUUCAUUUUGGUUGAUGCUGGUAGCUAUGACGUACAAUACAUAUCUGUUCUUGUCAAUCAUCAUAGGAGCUUUCUUGGGUCAUAUAAGCUACGAAUCUGAAAUAGAUGUAGGUGCUGUACUAGGCGGAGGUGGUAAUGGAAAAGGCCUGGCUUGUCAUUAA